AUGUUAUUCCUUCCAUUCCUCAUUUCUGUGGCUCUCGCUGCUCCACAGUAUUACGGUAGAUAUUGUUAUCCUCCAAAACAACAACCACAAACACAAACACUAAACCCUCUUUAUAUGAUCCCACCUAUGAAUAAAGAACCAUGGGACAAUCAUUUCAAGGGAAUAGGCCAUUAUAUUGAUUUGCAAGCCUCGUUAAUUUCGACGACUCCAUCAUCUCUUUUGGUUCAAAAUGAUCAGGGAUUGGAUUUCAAUAGUUUGCUUCAAGGACUCUUCAGCUCGCAGAACUCGCAAAAUGGUAGACAAUAA